AAUGAUUGGCUCUCAUUGGUAGGGACCAUCGUCAAAUCUUGCAUUCAAUGAUAACUUAUUCGAUAAAGGUGAGUAAGACAUUGGAGGGCGUGUUGUCGAAGUAACACACGAAUGUCACCAUUUUUCCGCAUGCAUCACGGAGGCGAGUUGGACGGUCGAGGCUUGGCAAAACAACAAGAGAUUUGAUGAAGAUAGUGAAAACUAUCUGUCAUCCCUUCCUAUCAAGAUCUCCGAGAUGAGAGAAUGGAAGAGGGGAAGGAACAUGAGGUGGAUCGCGUGGGGUGGAAAGUAGAUUGUCAUCAAGCGGGGUCACUCCUCUUCGUGCCUUUGCUCCUCUCUCUCUCUCUCUCUCUCCUUCUACCCAAACCAUUUCUUCAUCGCAGCCGUUCCUCAUUUCUAAGUUUCUCACACAAUGACUUUCAGCAUUUCUGAGGCUAGAUCUCGCUUUCCUGCUCUGAACCAGGAAGAGGUCUUCCUCGACAAUGCCGGAGGCAGCCAGGCUUUGGACUCGGUCAUUGAAUCUAUUUCGACCUACCUCUCGAGCACCAACGUUCAAUUAGGCGCCACCUACAAAAUAGCCAAAGCGUCAACUGCUGCCUACGGUCACGGCUACGAAGCAGCAGCUAAGUUCAUCAACGCAAAGCCUGAGGAGAUCUGCCUGGGAGUUUCGACCACGCAGCUCCUUCACAAUCUAUCAACCGCCCUUGACUUUCAGCCCGGAGACGAACUUGUUAUCUCGAAACUGAACCACGAAGCCAAUUCCGCUGCCUGGGAUAGAAUCGCCACACGCCUAGGACUGACAGUGAAAUGGUGGUCGGCUUCCGACCGCCAGAAUCCCAUCUGUGACCCUGAGGAGCUGAAAGCGUUGCUCUCCAACAAGACAAGGCUCGUGGCGUUUCCACACGCCUCGAACAUCACCGGCACUAUCAGUGACGUCAAGCAGAUCACCAGAAUAGUGCAUCAGUAUCCCCGAGCCCUAGUGUGCGUCGACGGUGUCGCACUCGCCCCACACCGACAGGUUGAUGUUAAAGACCUUGACGUUGACUUUUACGCUUUCUCAUGGUACAAAGUCUACGGCCCUCAUAUGGCCCAACUCUACGCUGCAUCGCGGAUCCAUGACCAGAUCAGCCCUCUGUGCCACUAUUUCAAGUCCACAGAAACACUAGAUCUAAAGCUUAAUCUCGCCUCAGCAAAUUACGAGCUGACGCAAAGCAUCCCUCGCGUUCUCGAGUACUUCGGUUCUGAUUUCUCUGCAGCGUGGGAUCAGAUCGCUACCUUUGAGGAGAAGCUACAGAAGAUCCUUCUGGACUAUCUGAACGAAGAGGGCCGUAUCACAAUCUAUGGAGAACCAUCAGCAAGCAAGGAGCUUCGGGUUCCUGUCAUCAGUUUUGUGGUGAGGGGGGUCAAGAGUCAGGCUUUUGUGGAGGAGGUUGAGAAGCGAUCGCCGUUUGGCUUCCGAAGUGGGCAUAUGUAUAGUCACCGUCUGGUCAAGGAUAUCAUUGGAUUGGAUGACAUCGAGGAUGGUGUCGUGCGGAUCAGUAUGCUGCACUAUAAUACGGAGGACGAAAUCAAUUCGCUUGUGAAGGUGUUGCGGGAAGUCGUUGCCGCGAUAUAAGCCGCCAUAGCCUGUCAUCUCCCGUUGAAGUUCCAGCCUGAUAUUAGUCAUUAGUCGAUCCAAACAGACUGGAACCAUCUUCUUUGAACCAAACAUGUCGCUUUCAAGCCGAAGCUUUGUCUGUUCGGAUGACUGCUGAACCUAAGAUGCGCAAACAGCAAACUCGCAACACAGACGGGACGUAGACAGCAGGUAGGUAACCUAUACUAUCUUAGCUAGUUGUGACUAGGGCUUUCAGGUAUACUGGUCUCUUGUACUACAUCUCGUUCACGUACCCAAACCUUCCCGUUUCAGGAAUUCACUCUCGCGAGCUUCAUAGGGGUAACAUCGUUCCCGUCAAUGUAGGCCCUACCUAGAUUCCGGUUGGCAUGAAACGCAAAUGUGUACUACAUUCACAGAUAUUGAUUUCCAGUCAGCCGGAAAAAUUGACUGAUAGGCAUUGACAAGAUAAAAUAUCCUAUCUGCACAUGGGGCUGUUCGAUGAGCGCCAAAAUACC